AUGUCAUGUGCCGCUUAUAUUGAAGGCCUUACUACCACCAGCAUAUUUCCUACUUACUUAGAGUCUUUGCUCUCCGUAGAAGAUUUGGAUCCCUUGAGUACGCUACAAAAAACAGUGUCACAAACAGGAACCGACUAUUUCCGGCUUAGUCUUCUUAGCAGCCAAUCUCUUGGUGUGACUAGUGAGACGUCCGGAGAACUACAGGUUUGGUUGGAUAGACAACUACGUUUUGACGACGGACGAGGCCUCGGUGAGGGCAUAUCCGAUAAUCGGGCUACAAUUUCCAAAUUUCGUCUUCUCCUUGAGAAGGUCCCGAAUCCUGAGAGCAUAGAGGUAAGUGAAGUGAACGAUGGUCAUUAUCGUCGGGAUAUGAAUGAUUUUUGUGUUGGCGUGUGA